AUGUCGUCUGCUACAAACCAAAAGGGUGAGGUCCGCGCAUCAGGAAGCCGGCCAGAUGUGGCGUACCGAAAUCUUGGCCCUGGACAAACCCAUGAAGAAUGGGAGGGUCGACCCCCUCCUUCCAAAGACCGAGUUCCCUACCUGUCUUCCUACCGUGAAUUCGAGCCUUGGGUCCUCCAAGUGGACCGCCAGAAGGCGGAAAAUCUGCCAGCGGACGAGGUGUCAGCACGAGAAUGGGAACAGCAAGGGUGGGAAUGGCCGGAGAAGCUGAUUCCCCACCUGGACUGCUAUUCAUAUGUUGAUGAUUGGAGCCCAAUCCCAAAUGAUGGGACUCGGGAUGAACCCAAGGGUGGUAGUGAUGAGCAGCCCGAGCGUGAUUGGGGCACAGACGAUUGGUGA